UUGCCGCAGUUGCGGCCAUGAUUGCGGUGGGAGGCGUCGGUUGUCUUCGUUUAGGAAGGAUAAAUGAUCAUUUGACGUAGUAGGAAUCUGAUUCAAGAUGUCAAGAUGUAAAAUUUCUACAAAGUUUAUCCCGGCCACAUGCGCCUGGUCGAUGCUGCUAGGAUGUACCGGAAUAUAUUUUUAUUACCCGUGUUUAUGGCUGUUCGACAAGCUCCAGACAUGGGGCUUCCUCGUACCCCUCUGCCAGGGGAUCCUCACAUUGUUUGUGAUAGCCAACUUCUCAUUGGCAACUUUUAUGAACCCAGGGAUAAUCCCCAGAGCCAUGUCAGACGAGGACCGGGACGACGACUUCCGGAUGCCGCUCUACAAGAACGUCGAGAUCGGCGGCAUCACGGUGCGCAUGAAAUGGUGCGCCACUUGUCAAUUCUACCGGCCGCCGCGCUGCUCCCACUGCAGCGUCUGUAACCAUUGCAUAGAGACGUUCGACCACCACUGCCCGUGGGUGAACAACUGUAUCGGUCGGCGAAACUACCGGUUCUUCGUGCUGUUCCUGGUGUCGCUGAGCGUGCACAUGGUCUCCAUCUUCGGCCAGUGCCUGGUGUACGUGCUGCAUCACCGGCACAGCCUCGGAGAGGUCGGAGUCAUCGUCACUUUGGUGAUUAUGUGCGUGAUCGGCGUGCUGCUGGUACCCGUGCUCGGCCUGGCCGGCUUCCACAGCAUCCUCGUGUCGCGCGGCCGCACGACCAACGAGCAGGUGACGGGCAAGUUUCGCUCCGGCUUCAACCCGUUCUCGCGGGGCUGCUGCUCCAACUGCUGUCGCACGCUCUGGGCGCCGCUCUAUCCCAACGUUAAUCGUUUGGCCAAGGAGGCGCGACGGAAGCGGCACCCGUACAGCCUGCCGGCGUCACCGCACGUGGCUCCACCUAUCACCAGCGAGCACCAGGUCAAACUGUAUAUUGACAACGGGAACGGCGUGCGCAGCAAGGGCGGCAGCGCCAUGUAUACCCAGGUGACCAGCUGCGGCGAGGGCUCGGACGCGGAGCUGGACGUGGGCAUGUCACAGUCGCGCGACUGCGAGGCGUCGCCGCCGGUGCCCCGCAGCGGCUCGAAGACCAACUUUUUCGCCCAGCGGCCGUCGGCCGGCACGCCGGGCACGCCCGCCGGCGAGUGUUCGCCGUACAAACAGUACUCCGGCCGCGCCACGCCGCAGACCCGACCCGCCAGGGAGGGCCGCAAGUCGCGCAGUCAGACGCCGGAGUCGGUGUACUCGCCGGAGGGAGCGCCUGGCUCGCCGCCGGGCCGCCGGCCGACGGCCACCAGUCCCCCGCUGAGCCCGGUCAGUCGCGGCCGCCAGCCGGCGCUCUACUCGAGCCCGGCGCGCCGCUCUCAGCCGGGCACACCGACGGCGCCUCGCAGGCCCGACUACAUCCAGGUGAGGUCGCACGGCCACCACCCGCCGCCGCUGCCGGCGGGCGCGGCCGGGCCGGGCCGCUACCCACAGUCGGCCAGUUACGGCGGGCUGGCGGCGGCCGCCGAGCAGCGGCUCCACGGUCCGGUGGCGGUGUACAGCGGCGCGCGGCGCACCACCGCCAGCGGCCUGCCGCAGCCCGAGUACGGCGCCGCCGCCCUCUACGAGUCGUGGCCGAGCUACGGCGGCGGCCACCCGGCGCCGUUCGGGCCCCAGUCGCCGCCGGGCGCCCGCAGGAAGCCGCCCGUCGGCUACGAGCCGCCGCCGCCGCCGCCCGGCAGGGCGCCGCCGCGCGGCCGGGCGCCGCCGCCGCACCCUGCCGACCACUACGACUCCAGCUAUGAGAUAUCGGUGUAG